ACUACUUGCACUUUAAUUUCAGCAGCCUCAAUAAUACCUUCUCCCACAUUUUUCAGUCAUUAGUCUGCAGUCCAUUCAUCAUGUCGUCUGAUUCUGAGAAAAACGACAUGUCUAACCACUCCACCCUUCACCACGAAACAUCUCGUACAGAUGCAUUACAGAAAAUUAGGACAGUCGGUAGCGUCUCCAUGGACGCGGAGCUUUUCGAAAGGCUCUACCUCUCACCGAAGAAUCAUGUGAAGGGUGACCUUCGGUCGAUACUUGGAAAUCCUACUCCAUUGGGUUUGCUCGGUUUUGUUAUGAGCUUGACACCUCUCUCGUGUCAAUUAAUGGGAUGGCGAGGCUCCGGAGGCGGCGGAGCAUCUAUCGUGGGCGUGCUGUACUGCAUGGGAGGAGUUCUGAUGGUUAUUAGUGGAAUUCUAGAAUUCAUCUUGGGCAAUACCUAUCCAUUCGUGGUCUUUGCCGGUUUUGGAGGAUUCUGGUUAGCGACCGCCGUAUCACUGACACCAUCUGCAAAUGCCACUGGAGCUUUCAUCACCGGUACUUCGACAACACCCAGCCCGGAGUUUUAUAACUCAUACGCAUUUUUCUUCCUAUUCAUGGCCCUUCUAUCGCUCGUCUUUCUUGUAUGCGGUAUCCGAACCAACAUAAUGUUUGAAGUGGUAUUCCUAACUCUCGUCCUCGGAUUCUGCUGUCUUGCUGGAUCAUAUUGGCAGUUAGCUAAUGGAAACGCCCACUUAUCCCACAACAUACAAGUAGCAUCAGGCGCUUUCCUAUUCGUAUGUUCCCUAUCCGGAUGGUACCUUUUCUUCGUCCAGAUGGCUGCCAGCGUCGAUCUACCUUGGAACCUCCCCGUGGGCGAUUUGUCUCAAGUAGUGAAAGGGAAGACUAAGCGACGAGAUGAGGCUGUCUAGCGGUGCCACAACCGAUGUCAUUCAGUUAUGCCAGCCAGCACACAUAGGUGUUUCGGAAGGGGUGUCGGAAAGCGACUCUCAUGACAAAAGAUUCGCAGAGUAUACGUUCAACUACCCCGUUGAUAAAUAGCAACUGUUAACGUGUUUGAAUGAAGUAUUAGGAGGGUGUUUGACUACCUUGCUCUCAAGAAGGGGCUGCUUUUGACUGCAUUUGGAGGUAUCUUGGACCCUUUUAUCUUAGUCACGUUACAAAAAAGCUUAAGGAAUACGAUAAAUUUAAUUCUUCUUUCUG